AUGGAGUUCAAACAUUUUCUUCACAACCACGACUUGACCUUUAUAGAGGUGGGUAAGGAGAACAAUACUAUGAGUUGCUUUGGGUGCCUGGAUAUCAUUUGUGGUCCAGCAUAUGUUUGUGAAAAAUGUAACAUGUUUGAUAUGCACAAAUCAUGUGCUGAAUUGCCCCCUCAAAUGCAAAGAGAUGCUUUUCACCCCCACCCGCUAAGAUUCACUCUGGGCAACGUGAUUGUGUGUGACCGAUGUGAAAUAUUGCGGGCAUUUUCAUUCAGUUACAGUUGCAUGAAUUGUACAUUCAACCUUGAUUUCAGAUGCGCUGUCACUAUUUCAAAUGAUUGUGAGCUAGCUAACCAUGAGGCCUUACAGGAAGGGAGACGAAUUAAAACCACAAUUCAUCAUUUCAGCCACAAUCAUCAACUGACCCGCUGCAAGUUUUCUUUGUUGAAGACGGUGUUGGGUAAAGAAAUUUUUAAGUAUCUAUGGAAGCUAGAAAAGCCCAAGUGCAUGGCAUGCAAACAGAAACUCCAUGAUAUUCUAAUCUAUACCUGCAUUCAUUGUCGAUUGGUCAUUCAUGAAUCAUGUGUAAAUGACAUGCCAAGACAAGUACUUCAAAGUCCAUUUCACCCACAACAUAUUCUUCUCGCUCGACAGAUCCAUAAGGGUUCUUCUUACAGAUGCAGUGCUUGUAAGGAAGAAGUCAAGGGUAUCAGCUUCUACUGUAAUCAAUGUGAUGUUAACAUGCACGUUUCAUGUACUAAGUACCGAACUCGGGCUAUAAAGCACAAUUGCCAUCCUCACCAUCUUCUACAUUUGGGGAAGAGCAUUAUCAGUAAUAUAUCUUGUGAUGCUUGUUAUAAAGAUUGCGAUGAUUCUUUCUUCGGCUGCAUAAAGUGUGAUUUCUAUAUAGAUGUUGAGUGUAUUCAACUACCUCUAAUUGUUAAACACAAACGUCACUUGCAUCCACUUGUGCUUAAAAAUCUUUUUGUUGAAGAUGAUUCGGGAGAUUAUUACUGUGAUAUGUGCGAGACAGAAAGGAAUGCAGAACAUCAUGUUUAUUUUUGCAAAGAAUGCACUUAUAUUGGACAUAUUGAUUGUGUCAUUCCUGAGGUUGAACCUACAGAAGAAAUGUUUUCGAAUCAACGAACAGAAAAGAAUUUUGACAAACCAGAGAUUGCUAACAAAAGGAUGGAACUAAAAGGGAUAUUGGUUCACAAUGAAAAGAGGCAAAUUGAACAUGUUACUCAUCAACAUCCCCUAAACUACUAUGAGGUAAUUGAAAAGAAGGAAGAUCUUCUCUGUAAGGCUUGCAAUUUGGAAAUUAAUGGGGAAGGCUAUGGCUGUGAAAGUUGCGAAUACUACUUGCACAAAACAUGCGCCAAAUUGUCCUAUGGACUGCUACACCCUCUUCACACCCAACAUCCUCUCAAGCUCUUGCUGUGUGAAUUCUACCUCCAUAUUUCAUGUGCCAAUUCCCUAAGGCGAGCCUUAGAAUCCAAGCUUCACGAGCAUCCUCUUUUCUAUUUUGGAACAGAAUGCCAGGAACUCUUCAUGGGAGAUCACGGGCAUCCUCUUACCAUAUGUAAUGGAUGCAAGUACUCUCUUGGUGGUGUGCCUUUCUAUCGCUGCAUAUUGUGCUGUCUCAAUUUUCAUCUAGCAUGUGUCUUAAUCCCGCAUUUCAUCAAAUCUAAAUGUCAUAUCCACCCCCUCACCCUGAGAGAUUGUUUUGUAGAAGAUGAUUCAGGAGAGUAUUAUUGUGAAAUUUGCGAAAAAGAAAGACUUCCAAAAGAUCACAUUUAUUUUUGUGAAGAAUGUGGAGGAUUAUUUGUUGCUCACAUCGAAUGCAUGCUUAACUAUAUGGAGGAAGAAAUUGCAGCAACAGAAGAGUCAUCCUCAAAUCUGAUACUAGACUUUGAGAACACCCCAAGGCAGGCUGAGAACGAAGCGUCCACAGAUGAUUCAAAGGAGGAAGAGCAAAGCAACAAUGAAAAUUCAGCAAUGGAGUCAUCAACAGAAAGAGCAGCAGAGUGA